AUGUCAGGCACCGAGGAAGUCAAAGAGCAAAAGGAAGUUGUGAUGGAGGAUGCUGACAAGCCCAUGCCAUCAGCACAUCAAGAAGAGGAAGUCAUAAAGAAAAAAUAUGGUGGGAUAGUGCCUAAGAAACCACCAUUGAUUUCGAAGGAUCAUGAGCGUGCCUACUUUGACUCUGCUGAUUGGGCGCUGGGAAAGCAAGGUGUAGCAAAGCCUAAGGGACCGCUGGAGGCUCUCCGUCCAAAGCUACAGCCAAAUCAGCAGCAAACACGUUACCGCAAAUCUCCUUAUGCCCCAUCAGAAGCUGAAGAUGGCAAUGGUUCCCAACCUGAAGACAUGACUGCAAAUGAAUGA